AUGAUCGAGCUCCAGCUUGAACUGUUUCCGGGACAUAUCGCGGGUUUGCUGCUGGUUGAACUUUCGAAACCUGUUGAAGACUUUGCAAGCAUUUUCAUACAAGGAACCUGGGAGUGUGCGCUUCUUGAUGCGGGUGUCGUUUUCCACAAGUCACAAUUGCUGACUGCGGUUAACGUUGCGUUCCAAAGAUUCGAGGCUGGACGAUUGAAGACUCACUCCCUCCACAAUGAGGUGAUGCUCGCUCUUUCAGCUAAGCUUAGUAUAAGAGAUGGACUUGCAGCUGUUCGUUUUUCAUGGGAGAAAACUAGAUGUUUAGUUGUUGCUGUGGACCCGCCUGCCUCGUUUCCUCAAGCGGCUGAGUCGACGUCGAACGCUCUGGCUGCAAAGGUCAGACAUUUUCCGGAGGGUGCGAACGAGCUUUUCAACGAACUCCUUGUUCACGUUGAUAAGCCUUCGAUCCAGAAUCUUUAUGGAACAGAUAUCGAUCCACACUGGAUAUGCACGAAGAUUGCUACCGUUGAGUAUGUACGGCAGCUUCGUUGA